AUGCAAAUCGGCUCCCCGCCCCCACGCCCCUCCCCCCGAGAGCGCGCGCGGCUGCGGGCGGGGGAGGGGCGCCGCGCGGGGGUGGGCCGGGCACGGAGGGAGGGAGGCGAGGGGCGCCCGCCGAGCGGCCUCCUGCGCGCCGGGGCCCCGCUGCCUCGGCCUCCGCUGCCCGCCGCCUGCGUGCGCCCGGGUCGCGCCGGCAUCGCGAGCGCCGCGCCCGCAGCCCCGCCCGCCUCGCGCGCCUUCAGGGGCCCGGCCGGGCAGCCGCGGGGUGCCGGGCGCCGGGGAGCUGCAUUCCGCCGCCGCUCGUCCUCCUCCGCCGCCGCCUCCUCCUGCGCUCCGCCGGCGAGGCGCACCUGCUCUGCCGAUCUGCUGCCCCGCCCGGGUCGGGCUCCGCCGGGGACGCACGCGGCCGCGGGAGCCGCGGGGACGCACGGCGCGGGUGGAGCGGGCGGCACCGGUCCCGGGCGGGCGGCGUGGCCGAGGCGGCUCCGGGCGCGCGCAGUGCCGUGCGGGGCGGGCGGGCGCGGGUGUGCGGGCGCGGAGUCGCCGGCCGGCGGGCGCGGGCGGAGAGGCGCCUCCCACCGGCACGGAUCGCGGGUCCUCGGCGCGCGCCGAGGAAGAAAAGACCCGAGCCGAGCCCGUGGAGCCGGCGGGAGCGCACGGCGGGGUCGGGGCUGCGCCGGCGGGGGCGCGCGGCCGGCCGAGCCCGCGAGCGGAGCCGCCUUCGCGGAGCUCCGGGAGACGCUGAGAGAGGCCGCGGCGGCUCAGACCUGGCCGGGCGCUCGGCUGGUUGGGAACGCUCCGAACAAAGGUGCAGCGCGGUGCCGCCCGAGGACAGGACGGGCCGGCGAGGGAGAGGGAGGCGGAGGCGCGGAUCAGGUUGGCGCGGGGUGUGCGGAUGGCACACAGCCUUUCCUGCCAACUCCACUCGAAUUUCCUAAAGUAGCAGCCGAGGAGAUGCUUUCAUUUCUGAGUUCCAAGGAAGAGAGGCUGACCGAGGCGGGCUCCCACUCCACCUCCAGACACGCGGGGGCAGACGAUGGCGGAGUCCACGGUCCCCUUCCAGGAGGUGCUGUCCGCGAGGGUGAAGUUUUCAAGGCACCCAUUGUAGUCACAGCUGUGCAUGGUGAUACCGGAAACCCUGGGAGCUGCCUGGAUACCCAGCAACAGACGAGUGGAUGAAGAAGAUUUCGUUUUGCACACAGUGGGUCACCACUCAGACAGAGAGAAGGUGCGUUGCAGGCCUUGGCAGGAAACGCGGUGCACCUGGAAAACAUGGUGUCACUGAGAUAAUCAGACACACGAGAUUAAAUGCCACACGGAAUUUCUCAUUGAGUGAGGCGGAGCACACACAAAGGACUCAGAGAGGAGAACGAAUGAGGGAGCGGAGCUUUUGCAGGUGGGAAGGGGUCUCGGAGACCAAGGGUGAGGAGAGGUGUGAGGGGAGGGAAGCACCGUGGUUCAAGGUGUUCCUGUGUGUGCACCAAGAACCCGCAGUGAGUGUACAUGUUUAAGGUCUUAACUACAAAUCUAAAGGAUAAUGAUGAAAAUGGGGAUAAGGGGGCUUAGAGAGGAAGGGAGCGGGAGGGAUGACAGACUCAAGCUGUCUUACGCAUGCCCCUGCCCCCCCAAGGUGAGUGUAAAUUUCAUGUAUUACAGAUGUGUACAGUAAUAACAAAAUAAAAGGAA